CGUCGCCCUACGCCUUUGCUCGCGGCAGCCGUGCCUCGGGGGCGGGGGAGCUGGCGGAAGAGCGGCGGGGGUCUUGGCGCCCUGCGCAAUCGUGGGGAGCGGGACCAGAGGGUUACCGGAGGAACAUGGCGCCCUGGACACUCUGGCGCUGCUGCCAACGCGUAGUGGGCUGGGUUCCGGUGCUCUUCAUCACCUUUGUGGUCGUCUGGUCCUACUACGCGUACGUGGUGGAGCUGUGCGUGUUUACUGUUUCUGGAAAAGGAGAAAAUGGAAAGACCGUUGUUUACCUUGUGGCUUUCCAUCUGUUCUUUGUUAUGUUUGUAUGGUCCUAUUGGAUGACAAUAUUCACAUCUCCCGCUAGCCCCUCCAAAGAGUUCUACUUGUCAAACUCUGAAAAAGAACGUUAUGAGAAGGAGUUCAGCCAAGAAAGACAGCAAGACAUUUUGAGAAGAGCCGCCAGAGACUUGCCUGUCUACACGACAUCAGCUUCAAAAGCUGUCCGAUACUGUGAAAAAUGUCAGUUGAUUAAACCUGAUCGGGCUCAUCACUGCUCUGCGUGUGACAGAUGUGUUCUUAAGAUGGAUCAUCACUGUCCAUGGGUGAAUAACUGUGUGGGAUUUACUAAUUACAAAUUCUUCAUGCUGUUUUUGUUGUAUUCCCUACUUUAUUGCCUUUUUGUGGCUGCAACAGUUUUAGAGUAUUUUAUAAAAUUUUGGACGCUUUGCCGCAGGAAAUCUACAGAGAAUUGCCCGAAGAAUGAAUUGAGAGAAUCACGUGCAAAAUUCCACGUACUUUUCCUUUUCUUUGUGUCUGCAAUGUUCUUCGUCAGUGUACUCUCAUUAUUUAGCUACCAUUGCUGGCUAGUUGGAAAAAACAGAACAACAAUAGAGUCUUUCCGUGCACCUAUGUUUUCUUAUGGAAUAGAUGGAAAUGGUUUUUCCCUUGGAUGUAGUAAAAAUUGGAGACAAGUCUUUGGUGAUGAAAAGAAAUACUGGCUAGUUCCGGUAUUUUCAAGCUUGGGUGAUGGCUGCAGUUUUCCGACUCGCCUUGUGGGGAUGGAUCCAGAGCAAGCUUCUGUUGCAAACCAGAGUGACUAUGCCAGAAGUAUUGGCUCAAAUCAACCUUUUCCUAUCAAACCACUUAGUGAAUCAAAAAACCGUUUGUUGGACAGUGAAUCUCAGUGGCUAGAGAAUGGAGCUGAAGAAGGAGUCACCAGAUCAGGGACAAAUAACCAUGUUACAGUGGCAAUAGAAAAUUGAGUACUACUUGUUCAUAACUAACCAUUUGAUGAGUGCAAGGUAUAUAAAAACACAUUUUGGACUAUUUUCAGUUUUAUUUGCAAGAAAAGUGAUCGGUGGAAUGAAAUAAUUGAAAUAUAGCAGAAGAUAUAUUUUUUAAAGGAAGCAUUUGUAUAGUUUGCUGGAUCCACAGGAGACUACGGAACAGAAAGAUGCCUUAAUUUUUAGUGUCCAUUUGUGCAGCAUUGCCUCACAGCUCAAAAGUGACUUCAUUUUCCUUUGGAAAUAACACCUGUCUUGAGAUGCUAUCCUCACAUGUUAACAUGGCAUUUGUAUUUUCUAACAACUGAGUUAAAACAAUAGAGUUAUUUCUUAGUAUCCACAUAGAUUUUUACCCCAAAAACAAACUCAAAAGUUGUCUUCGGUGAAGUAAAUCUAGGACAAGUGGUGGCUAAAAAUGAUAUCCAAAUCACUGAUUCUUGCGCUGUAUAAGGGAAAGAAAAUACUGCUUUUUUUUUUAUUAGAUGUUUACUAAUUUAUAAUUACUGUUUUAUACGUUUCAACAUUUUAAUAAAGAUUUUUAAAUUAUUGGCUAUGAAAUAACACUCAGAAGGAUUCAGAUACCUAAAUAUCAUUUAGAACAUUGAAGAUGUUGACAUAAUUCAGCGAAGGUUUAGUUAGCAGCAUUAUAAUAAAAGCCAAGUAGCACAUACCUGUAAUCCCAGCACUCAGGAAGCUGAGGCAGGAUUGCUGUGAAUUGAGUCUUGCCUAGGCUAUGUAGAGACUGUAUCCGAAGAGCAGAGCAAAAGAAGCACUAAUAGGGUGUAGUGUGUGCCCAAGGCUCAGAGGAAACAUGAUAAUAAAAGGAAUAUUUUAGACACUCUCUGCUCUUUAAUUACCAUUUGUUGAAUUUUCAGGGGAAUUUAUAUGGGAAUGAAAGCACAGAAGUUCACAUGCUAUGAAGGAUCCAACACAGUGUGAUGAAUAGAUGGAAGUAGCUCAGGAAACAAGAACAGGGUAAGAAUAUUUUGAACAGUGAAACAAAAUCUCAGCCCUAGAAGUAUGUAAGCUACAAAAUGCUAGUGAUUCCUAAAAGUUACCAUGGUACUUUACAGUACUCUUAUAACAACUUAACCAGUGACUGAAAAUGCACUUUAGAUGAAGGUGAAAUAACCAAAUUUCUAGUCUUGGGCUGGAAAACCUGUUUCAGUACACAAAAGCACUUGCUCCCACACCUACAACCUGAGGAUAGAACUAAUUCCCACAUGUCUUCUAACAUUCACAUAUGCACUGUUGAACAUGGAUACUACUUUUUAAAUCUCAGUCUCUGACUAAUGUGAAAUCUCAAGUCUGACUCCCUGUCACCCAAUGGCUUUAACAUGAAUGGCAGUAUCAGGAGACCAGUCCAGUGUUCUAUAGAAAUACAAUGUAGAAAUGCUGUUCUCUGCUUUUACUGAGACCAGCAGAGAGAAGUCCCACUCAAAUGUGUGGGUACCUGGGCUGUAUGGUGUCUGUACACACAGUGGGAAUGCAAAGGAGAGCACAUCCUGGGUGGAUUGGGCUACAGGACUCCCAAUAUUCCCCAGUGUACAAAACAACCUUGCUUUUCAUUUACCUACCAAGAGUCUCUGGAAUCCUCUGUGUAUCAGACAUUAUACCACAGAUAGUGCUGUGGUUUCCCAAUCCUCCAUAGAUCAAGAUACCUGCUAUUCCAACUUUGCAAUUUGGGGAGUUGAUUGAAUUCUCAUUGACUGUACUAAUUCUGAAUCUUAAGUAACUUGCCCUUUAGAGCAAAGGAACCAUGGUUUAAAAUGAUAUGUGUAUGAAUUCCUCUUGAUUUCAAUUCUUUAUUGUUAACAAUUUUGAUUCUUAAAAAACAAAAACAAUGAGUUAAGAGUUACAAAUUACUGCUAGGCAUGCUGGUACACUCUGGUAGUCUCAACACUUAGCUUUGUGGUGUGCUACAUGAGACCCUCUGUCAAAAGAAAAAAAAAAAAAAAAUCAGGAGAGAGAAAAAGAUCAAUUACCAAACAGAAGUAUAACCUCAAUCUGAUAGUUUGCACCAUGCUUUUAGAAGUAACCUGGUCCUUCUCUUUCUGUAUUUAGAUCAAGAGAUUUGCAUGCACUUGGCACAGUUUGCCCCCUUAACAUACUAUUAUGUAGAAGUAUCAUCUUUCUGAGUUGUUAUUUGUUUAUUAGCAUAGUAAACUUUUAAAGUUUUGGCUUUGGUAGCCCUUAUAGCCAACAUUUUGCCACGGUCUAAAAUAAUUACCUGGUUCUUGUUGGGUUUUGUUUUGUUUUAGUGCUGGGGAAUUAAGCCUAGAUCCUUGUGCAUACUAGCAAUGUCCUCUAACACUGGUCCAGGCUGAAUAUGUUCAUACAUAUCAGUGGCCAUUCAUUAGGGGCAAGAAGUGGUAUGGGAUCCGAGGAAGGCUGGCCCUUCAGUAUUUCAAUGGCAUUGAGUCUGCUGUCUGCUGGGGAGACCAGGUCAAAAUUAUGCUUUGCAAAAUUUCAACACUUGAACAUUUGUAAAGAAAAUAAAGUUGAAUUUCAGGUCUUGCCCUUGCCAUUAAAAACAUUAGGAGACCUGGUUUACUGGGUACAGAGGUACCUGACAUUCAGUACCUGUGACUCCUGGCCACUGUCACUGUGCCAACCAAAGCAGCUGCAGUAUACCAGCUAUUGAAAUGAACAUGUUUACAAAGUUGAGUUUUCUCCUCACAUAACAAUGAUUUUUUUUUAAAGACUUUUUAGAUAGUGGUUAUGAUUCAAUGUGUUAUGAGCAUAACAGGUCAGCUUACAAGUUUUACUUGAAUUUUAAUUCCUACAGAAAGCAGAUUUUUGACUUUUUACAGGAAUGCUUGAGAUGUGUCAUGAGACCUCCCAUUCCUCUGAAUCAAACCUGUAUUAAGGGCUUGGUGUUAAAGCCUGUGUAUUUGGGGCAUUGAAGAGGCAGUAACUCAGAAAUAUGCUUAGCUUACAUCUCAUUCUACAAACCAGUACUUCUAUCCAUGGAUAAGUAUUUUUAGCUAAUCUGAUAUUAAAUCAUAUUUUUGCAUUUCAAUCAAAUUAACAAGAACAUAUGUAAAAGUACAGAUAAGAUAUAAAUCUGUUAUUCAUAUUUCAUAUGAUCUAAGCUGUAUUUUUAAAUUUAAAAUAAAAUAUUCAGAAAGGCCCAUAUUUUUCUAAUGACUUCACUAUGUUAUUUUCUUGGGUUAUGUAAAGCAAGGAAUUGUAUUUGUAUUAAGGGGCUAAGAAAGCUGUUAGUUUAUUAUAUUUGUACAUGAUUAUAGACAAGCCAAUGUCUGUUUAAAAGAUGGAUACUAUUUAAGGUGAUAUUUAAUAUGCUUUUCUAUAAACAAGUUUGAAAUAUAGUUUACUUUAGUUGUCUUUACCUAUCAAGUAGCUAACCCUUGUAUUUAUUUCUCAUUUGUGUGAACCUGGACCAUGACUCUUUGCUCUGUACUUUGGAUGGCCUAACCUACAUUAAUAUGUGCACAUUUUACAACUUUUUUUUUCAGAAAUCAUAAUUACUUUAUUAAUAAACAGAUAAAGAUA